AUGACCUUUCGAAAGUCACUUGUCGUUAUGAGUGCUGAACCAAUUCGAGUUGUUGUUACCGGAGCUGCCGGACAAAUUGCUUAUUCUCUUCUAUAUCAAAUUGCUCAUGGAGAUGUAUUCGGACCUAAUCAACCUCUCAUUCUUCAUCUUUUGGACAUUCCACCAAUGAUGGGAGUUCUCGAAGGUGUUGUAAUGGAACUAACGGAUUGUGCUCUACCAUUACUUUAUGAAAUUGUACCGACAGCUGAUCCUGGAGUUGCCUUUAAAGAUGUUGAUGCUGCUUUUCUUGUCGGUGCCAUGCCAAGAAAAGAAGGAAUGGAAAGAAAAGAUUUACUUAGUGCCAAUGUUAAAAUAUUUAAAAUUCAGGGAGAAGCAUUGGACAAAUUUGCUAAAAAAACAGUCAAAGUUUUAGUCGUUGGCAAUCCUGCUAAUACGAAUGCUCUUAUAUGCUCAAAAUUUGCACCAUCAAUUCCGAAAGAAAAUUUUUCUGCUAUGACGAGACUUGAUCAAAAUCGUGCUUCAGCUCAAAUUGCUCUCAAACUUGGUGUCCCAAUUUCAAAUGUUAAAAAUGUUAUAGUUUGGGGUAAUCAUUCCAGCACUCAAUAUCCGGAUGUUUUUCAUGCAACUGUUCAUAAACAAGGUUCUAAUCCAGUGCCUGUUUAUGAUGCCGUCAAUGAUACAAAAUGGUUACAAGAGAAUUUUGUUACAACCAUUCAAAAAAGAGGAGCAGCAGUUAUUUCAGCGAGGAAAAUGUCAUCUGCAAUGUCUGCUGCCAAAGCUGCAGGGGAUCACAUGAAAGAUAUUUGGCAUGGAACGCAACCAGGGUGUUGGGUAUCGAUGGGUGUCGUUUCAGAUGGAUCAUAUGGCAUUCCUAAAGAUAUUGUUUUUUCAUUUCCUGUCACCAUUGAAAAUAAAAAUUGGAAAAUUGUACAGGGUUUGAAUUUGGAUGGAUUUUCAAAAGGAAAAUUAGAAUUGACUGCAAAAGAAUUAUUGGAAGAAAGACAAGAAGCUUUGGAAGUUUGUAACAAGUGA